UCGGGAAACAGGGAAAUAACCUUGGAAGAGCGGCGGUGGCGGACUGUUUCUCCCGGACCGGAUCACAAAGCGUUGUCACACACAUUAGAAUUAAGCAGAGGUGUUUUUAACUAAAGUAUCUUUUUGUAGACAUCUAGGCGCAUUUUGGAAAGAGGACACACUGGCUCAGGUGCAUUGGUGCUACAAUAGAGAAAGAGAGAGAGAGAGAGAGAGACAGAGAGAGACAGAGAGAGAGCGAUGUGCUUUUUUUGGAAGUGAAAGUGUUCAUUGAUUAAUCUGAUGUAUUGUGUCAGAGCACAAAGCCUUGUCUGCCUCAUCUAGAGCGCCCGCCCAUUGGGCUUUCUGCGGAGCGAUAGUGGGAGAUUGAUUAGAGUCUCCGGGAUUUCCGUGGAGAGAGAGAGAGCCAGAGCCUGCUUGGACCGCGGAUUUGCUCUCCCACAUCAGUGACGGGGAGGAGAAAAACCAUAGCAAAGACUUAAUUUCAGACUCUAUAGCACCAGCGCUCCCAGGUCGCCUGGAUUCAUUUAGUGUCCUGUCUCUAAAGCAGGUUUUACAAAAUAAGCGCAAGUCACGCUGGACUUUUUUUUAUUGUGUGUGUGUCUUUUUUCCCGAGGAGGCUGUGAGUGUUGAAUCGCCUCCGCAGUCUCGGAUGCGUAGUAAACGGAGAGUGGGUUGGGUCGCCCAGGCGCCUGGCACAUAAGCGCACGUCGUCAGCGAUAAAAGCAGAUAGGUGAGGGUGAAAGCGAGGGGGAGAGACACCCGAAGCUCUGUUUUUUUUAUUUUUUCCCUCCCCCCUCCGCCACCACAAGCAGGAGGACACCGGAGAGGUGAGUCGGACACCGCCGGACUCACCGGUUGUGGAUUUGACUCCAAACCCCGGCCGCUUUUGUCGCUCGGGAUUCGUAGACCUCCUCCUUUUUGUCUUUUUUUUUUCUCUCCAUCUCCUGCUUUCUGAUCCAGGACCAGCGGUUUAAUCACAUUGUCAAAACCCGACCAGACAUCAUCAUCAUCAUCACCUCCUCAUCUAAAGGGAAUAUUGGAAGUGAAUCUGCGGGGCAACACACACACACACACACACACACACAAUGGCAACCGGUGCGCUCCUGCUCGCCUGCGCGCUGCUCGCCGGUUUUGCUGCGGCUCAGAGGGUAGUAACGGUGCAAAGUGGGCCACUGAUACGGACUGAGGGCUCUCAUGUGACCAUCUGGUGCAACGUGACAGGCUACAAAGAGGGCGUGGAGCAGGACUUUGAGUGGUCCAUGUAUCUACCAUCAGUGCCGGACAGGGAGAUCCGCAUCGUCAGCACUGCUCAGCCAAACUAUGCCUACGCCGUUUAUGCCCAGAGGGUGAAUAGUAAAGAGAUCUUUGUGGAGAGGCUGUCCCGCGACUCAGCUGUGCUCCACAUCACCAAAGUGCAGGCCAAGGACCAGGGUCUUUUUGAGUGUUACACACCCAAUACAGAUGGCCGGUACCUGGGAUCCUACAGCGCACGCACUAACCUCACUGUAAUCGCCGACUCGUUGACAGUAACAGCACCUGCCCAAACUCUGUCCAAGGUCGAAGGCGACACACUACAGCUCACCUGCGAGGUGUCUCGGACCACAAUGCAACACACUCACUUAUCAGUUGGCUGGUACCUGCGGUCCCCAGAGGACGCGGCAGCCCCGCCUCAGGAGCUAGUCACCUUGUCAAGGGACUUUGUUCUGCGCUCUGGGGGACCGUACCGGCAGAGGAUGGCAGCAGGGGACCUCAGGCUGGAUAAAACCAGCGCAACGGCCUACAGGCUGACCAUUCACAAGCUGCAGCCAGUGGACCAGGGUCUGCUCUACUGCCAGGCUGCCGAGUGGAUCCAGGACACAGACGGCAGCUGGUUUGCCAUGACGCGCAAGCAGAGCGACAAGACUCAGCUUCGCAUUCAGCCCACUGAUCGGGACUUUAGCAUCCAGGUGAGCACGGAGCGACGGUCCUUCACAGCCGGUGAGCCGCUGGAGCUUCGCUGCACCAUCGAGGCCCAGAAUGUGCCAGAGCGUUUCUUCUCGGUGUCGUGGGUCUUCAGCAGCUCACCGGUGGCCGUGGUGGGCCCCAGUGCCGUGCCUGUCCUGGGCCCCGAUUACGUCGCCCGCGAGACGGCUGGUCACAUGACAGUGCGCAAAGAGAGCACCAACGUGCACCUGCUCAAGUUGCAGCACCUACGCCCCGAAGAUGCUGGGAAAUACAUCUGCCGUGUGACCGAGCGGGAGAAGACACCCACAGGAGACUUCAUCGACCGCAGCAAGAGGUCACGCAAUGUCCAGAUCACAGUCCAGCCACUCAAGAGCAACAUCACAGUGGCAUUGUCCAGUAACUCCUCGGAGGUCCUAGAGGGCGAUGUGAUCCAGUUGACCUGCUCGGUCUACUCCACUUCAGGCCCCCUGUCUAUUGCCUGGCAGUGGACAGACAAGCAGGCAACUGGACCGCCCCAGGAGGUGGCCUCUGUGGAUCGGGACGGCACUGUAUGGCACAGUUCUGCCUACAGAGAGCGCUCCAGCUAUGGAGAGAUACGUGUGGAGAAGGUGCGGGGCGACACGUUCACUCUGUCCCUGUAUAAUGCCAUGCCUGGGGAUGAGGGUCAGUACCGCUGCACAGUCACGGAGUGGCUUCAGAGUGGCACAGAACCAGAGCUAAACUGGGAGAAGAUAGGAGAGAAGUCUGCCACCAAGACUGUCACCGUUAAGACUGUUGAGUCCUCCUUCAUGGUGUCGGCCUCAUCACGGACACCAUCCGUUACCUUUGGGGACUCCUUUGACCUGCUGUGCCUGGUCAAGCCUCGCCACAACCCUCGCGUUCCCACCUCGGUCACCUGGCGCUUCAUGCCCGCUGGCACAGAAGCCGAUGACGAGGAUCAGGGAGAGUUCAAAGACCUGGUGACUUUCACUCGCGAGGGCACGCUACAGUGGGGCGAGCAGCUGCUAGGGCUGGGUACCCGCACCACAGUGGACCGCUCCCACUCCAACACCAACUUUCGGUUGUCAGUGACCCGGGCAGGGCGUCGUGAGGCGGGCAAGUACCAGUGCACCGCCGUCCUGUGGAGGAGGAACUACGACAACAGCUGGAGCAGAGUAGCCAACCGCACUUCCAACCUGCUUGGCAUCAGUGUCCUACAGCCAGAGAGCAAGCUGCGAGUGCAAAAGACCAACCAGUCUCAGGUGUACCUGGAGGACAGUCGUGUCAGGAUCAACUGCUCCAUCGCGUCCCAGACCAGCCAGGACUCCCAGCACGCCGUGCUGUGGUACGUGAGGCGCGCAACCGGGUCAGAGGCAGAUGAGCUCCUGCUGAGAAUUGAACGCUCGGGGGCCUUUGAGUAUGGCGCCUACGCAGACGAGGAGAGACUGCGCCGCCGAGUGCAGGCCGAGAGGCUGUCACCCCGUCUAUAUGUGCUGACGCUGAACAGGGCAGAGAACAGUGAUUCUGGAACAUACUACUGCUUGGUGGAGGAGUGGCUGAGUGACCCAGAUGGAGCUUGGUAUCGACUCUCCCGGGAGUCCUCAGGGUUCACGCAGGUUCUUGUCAGACAGCCAGAGGUUCGACUGCAGGUGGAGGAAAUGGACUCAAACGUGACAGUGGAAGAGUCUGGCUCCAUCCGAUUGGGCUGUAGCAUUCCCUCCCAGUCGUCCCGAGACUCCCGCUUUUCCGUGUCCUGGUAUGUGGAGCGCUCUGAAGAUGAGGAAGAUGAGGACCAGCCAGGUGAGGAAGAGAGAGAGCGGGAGUGUGUGUUCUCCAUCGGCCAUGAUGCCGUUUUCGGAAAUGGAAAUUGCAGUCCCAGAGAGGAGGCGGGGCCAAAUUCCCGCCUGCAGUUUGAGAGGAUGACCUCUGACCAGUACAGCCUGACCAUUCAAGGAGCACGGCCAACAGACGCAGGCCGAUAUUAUUGCCAUGUGGAGGAGUGGCUACUCAACCCUCGCAAUGCGUGGUACCGACUGACCACCAACAACUCUGGGUUCACUAUCGUCAAUGUGCUGCAACAAGUGUCCUCCCUCCAGUCAGUGGUGUGCUCCAACGACUCCCUCUUCUACUUCGUCUUCUUUUACCCCUUCCCCAUCUUCGGCAUCCUCCUCAUCGCUGUGCUGCUGGUGCGCUACAAGAGCCGCAACAACAGCAAGAGCCAAGAAGGCAAGAACGGCGCCCCCCUCCUGUGGAUUAAAGAACCUCACCUCAGUUACUCUCCCACCUGUCUGGACCCACCUGCGCUCAGCCUACACCCUGGCUCCGUCGACUAAGCGAGGGUCCCGGCCCCCCCCCCUCCCCUCCCCUGCCUCGUGCACAUAGCAGAUCCAGCCAACACAAUGCCAGGGAGCAGAUCUGGACUCCACCUUCAGAACUUACUGUCGUUCACUGCUGUGUUGAAUUAGUCAAUCAGUUGAUCAGUUUAAAAAUUCCUACCCUGGUGGCUGCCUGUUUUAUGUUAACAACAGUGUUUGUUUUGCUCUGUGUGUGGGUGUGGG